AUGUCUUCUUGGUAUGGCGGAUAUCAAACCAUAACGCCGCCGCCUUCCUACACAACUUACGCACCGACGAGUUCCUGCACCGAGGUCUUCAAGUACUACACCACUAAAGCACCGGAGUUUGAUACCACAACUUACGCUGCCCCGAGCCACUACACGGACACCCUGAAGUAUUACUCUGCCCCGAGUUACUACACCACCAAGGCCACGGAGUACUACAUGACAACGCAUGCCGCCCCAUCCGACUACACCGAGGCUCCCAACUGCUACACCGAGGCUCCUGCUGAUAACUCCACCAAAACAAUCGAAUACUACACCGAAGCGGCAAAGUACUACUCUGCCCCGAUCUACACAACCACAACUGAGGCGGCUAAGUAUUACGCUGUCCCGACGUACUACACAGAAGCUGCUCUUUCGUGCUACGUUGAACUGAAAUACUACACUGAUGCUCCAGUCUACUACACCACGACCUACGCUACACCUAGCUACAACACCGCAGCCGGCAAGUACUACACCGAAGGAGCCGCCUAUAACACAAUCACGUACGCUGCCUGGUAUACUACAUCGAGGAAUUUAAGUAUUAUCCUGCUCCAAACUACUACCAUCUGAAGUUCAUUUGUAUUACACCAGCAAUUCUCCUGAUUUUGUCACCACUACUUAUGUUGCACCGACCUAUCGAAGUUCUGAAGUAUUUCACUGGAUGUGUUGAAAGAUUGCUGAAAUACAAGAUUGAUCGAUAAAUCA